AUGCCAAACCGUCAUUGGAAGAUCCCGGCAUUUGGAAGCCCAGCCGUCAAGGACAACCAUGAAGAAGAUGAUGAUGUUUGGAAAUAUCUCUGCCUCAACCACUGGGCCUGUAACACCAAUGUGCUGCUUCAAGCCACAGAAAUGACGCCCAAAAGUUACUUCCUCACUUUUGCCUAUCCAGCCCCAAGCCACAAUGCACCGGAUCCUUUACCAUAUGCACCCAAAGACUAUGUGAUGAUUGUGGAUGUCCGCACAAUGGACAACAAAAUCCUCUUCUCCAAGGCUAUUCCAGGCAAUGCCAUUCCUGGAUUCUUUUCUGAGGGAGAGGCAAAAUCAAUCCACCUCCAAGAAACUAUUUGGGGUUUCCACAAUUUUGAAGGCUCAUUUUCCAGCUACCAACAAUUCUACGACGAUCAGUUUCGUUCUGUCAGCUACUUUUACCCUCAGCUCAUUGGUGCCCAUUGGAAGGGAACAGUGCACCUAAUGAGGUUGCCGGACAGGAAGGUCAUCCAAUUGGUAGAUGUUCCUGAAUCCGAUGAAGAGAUGUAUCCCCCACACACAGAUGAAGACAAAAGCCAAACUUUGCAGACUUUCAAUUCGGGUGGUUGUAAUUCAGACCUGGCAACGGGCCGAAUGGACCACUCACUGUUUCCACAUAUUAUAGGCAUACAAGAUUCUUCAGAAAUUUGCCAAGACAUGGAGAUGAGCCUAACCAUGGAAUACAAAGUCAAGCUGUCUGAAUCCAAGGUAUCGCUUGGGAUCCAUGGCUUCUGCGUUGGUGUUACCCGCUGGGAGAUGGGAGGUGGUGAACCAAUCAGCAUGAUUCUUAAAAAGAAAGGCUUGCAAUUUGCACAAGUUCUAGAGGCUUUGCCAGAAUGGCAAGUUGCUCCCAUCCAGCCACAGCAGCGCCCCUGA